GUCGUCAACGGAGUAUAUAGCUAGCAAUGUGCACUCUGUUCCUCAUUCCAUGCUGUAUAGCGUGGUCAAUGCUAUGACUUGUUAUCAACCUUCAUAUCUUUCCACUUCAUUUCCCCGUUAUGGCCAGCACUACCGAGCGCCCUCGAGAUGAGCGUUCUCCCCUUUAUCAACGAGCGUUUCCGAACACAAACUGGAACGUUUCCAGAGAUGAAUUGAUCCUUCUACCAACGAUGGCCGAGAGGAUUGCUUACCUUACCACGAAAUUUCCUGGAAUCAUCAGAAUUGCUUGCUUGUCCUCAAGCGAUCCUAUCCAAGCCCAUGUUGAAAGGGUUAGGAAAGCUUUCACCAAGAUCAUUCGUCAUCCUGAUCAUGCCAACAAGACAGGCGCAGACUUAGGUCUAACUACUGUCCCGCCUACGCUACUAGACGGACUCUUAACUCGAUACGCCGUCACAAGUAGCGCUAUCAAGCUAGGGGAACUUGCGGACAUUGAUAACAGUAUCCCCAAGGUCUACGCUGGAGCUACUAUCUACUUCAUGGUUAUGAUGAUGCCCUCCCGUGAUGGCGAAGUUUCCGCCAUGCAUACAGAGAGCGUCAUUGUACCUGAUGAUGAUCGCGACGAGACAUAUAUAACCUGUACCUCCAUUUCCUAUGCUGGUCCAUUCUUCCUGAAAGAACGCCAAGCUAUAAUGGGCGAGCUUCACGUUAGCCAGAUCGAUACUGCUGCGUCUGAGGGAACUCUCAACAGUCUUCUUGUCGGCGAAGACGUUGGGAUAUGGGGUACCGAUAUAAUGACUUCAUUCCUUGGAAAGGAGCACACUUAUUUAACCUCUCCUGAACUACUCUCUCAGUGCCGGACGCCGGGAUUAGAGAAGCUCUCUAACGAUGCUGCAUGCCUGGCCCUGUUUCAAUUACGCUUGGCCUAUUCAAUCAGGCUGACUCAGGAGGAGCACAGCUCUCUCAGACGGCUCCAGGAGAUAAACCGUCUUUCGACCAAUCGAGGGCAUAUGUUGGUGCUUGGAAGGGGAACGUCAGAGAAUUCGUGCCUUGCGAACUGCUUUUACGACGUUGCUUGUGUCAAGGACGGAUUCUUCCCAGCUAACCAGGUGUUUACCAACUCACCAGAGUCCUUGUUUGUCAAGCUAAAUGAGCGCGCCGACGUGGUCUAUGCUGCGAAGGAGCCUGGCAGUCAUCUCAGAAUUCAUAGCUUUCUCAACGAACAGGACCGAGGCAAGCACUACGACGUUGUAUCAAAGUCGGCAGGUGAAGAGAUGAUCAAAGACGUAUUUCGCAGUAAAUCCAUUUUCAAUAUUUACAAAGGCGGGUCAACGACCAGUUGGGGUAAUAAAUACACGACGCACGGCGAUGAAUUGCCUGAAGAGGUUGAGCGCUUUUUUGCUCUUGUUAUGGAUAUUUUCGCGAGCUACGUCGAGAACUGGGCGGAUUCAUUGCCGUCAAAGGAUUAGUUAUUGGGUCACGGGUCGUAUUGUUCCUGGAUCUGAGUGGCUAUGUAUUCGGCAGCUGGUAUUUGUACGGUUGAUGUUACUUUUGAAGGAUAUACGUGUACAAUGACUCAUUUUUACCUAUAAUAGUGCGUUCACCUGUUUUGUCGAGGUGCUCUAGGUAUAUUAGAGCACCUACAGGUCUCGAUUACUCGGCUAGUAGUAAGUGCUAAUGAAAAGACUAGUAAAAUAGAGGAUACUCUUUCGAUGUAUAUUUCAGGUCUUUUGUAUAC